AUUUUUUUUCUGACCUGUUCAUUUCAUUUCUGUAAAAUUAAAUUCAAAUUUUCAAUGGCCAGCACUAACAAUUCGGCUAUGUGGAGCAAAUUAUUCAAUUUGCCAACUUCUGGCGAGAUCGAAAUGGUAGAUUCGAUCCUAAUGAAACAUGAUGGUCUGAUCGUACGGAAAAUGGACCCAAAUCUAUGUCAUCAUGGUCCAAAAGCUCAAUGUGUCCAUUGUGCACCGAUUGAACCGUACGAUGAAUCAUAUAUGAAAAAGCAAAACAUCAAACAUAUGUCGUUUCAUUCCUAUUUACGUAAACUGAAACGUGGAGCCGAUAAGGGAAAAUUUAUCUGUCUCGAAGAUAUCAGCUGUAAGAUAAAACCCGAUUGUAAAGGCCAUCCUUCCUGGCCUAGAGGAAUAUGUACUAAAUGUCAGCCCAGUGCAAUUACGUUGAAUAGUCAGACAUAUCGUCAUGUGGAUAAUGUGACGUUUGAGAAUACCUCGAUCGUGGAGAAUUUUCUCGAUUAUUGGCGUACGACCGGUAAUCAACGUAUAGGUUUCCUGUACGGUUAUUAUGAACCACACAAGGAUGUGCCACUUGGUAUCAAAGCUGUUGUGGUGGCCAUAUACGAACCACCACAGGAAAGUACACGCGAUCUGAUUAAAAUACACAUGGAAAGAUUGGACUUCACUGAUGUUGAUAUGAUGGCCAUGCAAUUGGGCUACAAGCGAAUUGGUUGGAUAUUCACUGACCUCAUACCACAGGAGAAGGGUACCGUCAAAUACAUCCGUUGUUCAGAUUCUUAUUUUCUUACAGCUCAAGAAUGCAUUAUGGCAGGAUUCUUUCAAAAUUGUCAUCCGAAUCCAUGUUCAUUGUCGAAAAGUGGUUAUUUUGGCUCGAAAUUUGUUACCGUUUGUUUGACUGGUGAUCGCAACAACCAAGUUCACAUCGAAGCCUAUCAGGUAACUAAUCAGUGUAUGGCUUUAGUUCGUGAUGAUUGCCUUUUGCCGACCAAUGUACCAAUGCUGGCAUAUGUUCGCGAAUCAAACAAAGAGCGCUACGUGCCUGAUGUCUUCUACAAAGUCAACGAUCAAUAUGGCAAUGAAGUUACCAAGAUUGCUCGACCUUUUCCAAUCGAAUAUUUACUGGUUGAUGUUCCCGUAUCAGCACCGAUAGAGCAGACAUAUACGUUCAAUCCAAUUCCUGGACUUCGGCCUUUCCCCAUCGAAAACCGAAUGAUUGAAGGCCAUCUGCAGGAUUUUCAGGCGCUACUUCAAUACAUGCGACAGUUCCGUUCGGAAGAUCAAUUCUUUCAAGCCAUGUCCGAUUUUCAUUUACUCAUCUACCUUGCAUCAAUGGAAACGGUCCCAUUACGUGAUGCAUUGGCCGAUUUACUAAAAGCACUCAAAUCCAAAGAUGCUUCUAAAGCAAUCGAAUGGUCAAAACGAGAAAAUUGGUCCACUGUCGAACAAUUGUUCAAAGCUCAUUCGGAUGAUUAUGGUAAACAGUCUACAACACAAUCAACAAAUGUUCAACAACAUCAGCAACAAUCGUCGUCGACAGCGGCAGCCAGUACAAGUACUGGCCAGAAAUGGUCAUGUACGUAUUGUACAUUUGAAAAUGAAUUACAAAAAAGUUCUUGUGAAAUGUGUAAUUUACCAAAAGGAAACGAUUUAUGAGAUAUAUUCACCAUAAUAAAAUAAAAUAUAUAACAUUUGAA